UCUGCUGCUUUCCGCCAUUGCUGCCCUUCCUCGAGCUUUUCGUAGUCGCAGUCUGUGAGGUACGCUCUGUGUUUUGUGGCGUGUUCCUUUUACUCCUUUUCGUGAGCACUUGCUCGGGAAUGUCGGUGCCUGAGCUCUGACUCACCAUGGCGUUUCUAAAAAUUUAAGGCGGAUUAAGAGCGGAAGCUGAGACCCUCCGAAGCCGUUAAAUAUGGCAAUGGCAGGGUUGUCUUUGAAAUCCACGGUGGCUGUGACCUCCGGUGCCCUUCAAUCGCGAGACAACAGACCUUUAAGUUUCCCUGUUCAAAAAUGUCUGGUUUCGCAACUAGCAUCUGUUUCAGCCUCGCAUGCAAAUUUUCGUGCCGCUUCAAUGCGUCACCUUGCGCUUCAGCGGGCUUCGCCUUCUACUGGGGGUCGAGUAAGGUGCGAAGUAGACCUGGCAGAACAAAUGAAAGAGAUGCGCGCAGCUGAAAAGCGGUGGGAGCAACAGGUGAAAGAGGGGAAAGUGAAACAGUUAUCUGCAAAAGAAGCUGGGUAUGCGAUGCAGUUGAAUGACUAUACUUUUCUAGAUGUUCGGCCUUCAAAUGAGCACAGCAGGGUGUCCGUGAAGGAUUCAAUUCACAUUCCGAUCUAUGAUGUUGAUCAAAGUGUGGACCCCGCAUCCUUGUCGAAGAAGUUUUCUAACUUUACUAUGGGAGGUUGGUGGAACGGUCUUCCAGUAAUGAAAUACAAUGAGCGAUUUAUGCCCGAUGUGGUGGCCAAAAUCCCUAAAACUGCGAACAUAAUUGUUGGGUGUCAGAAGGGUCUGCGAUCAUUGGCUGCGUGUGAACAAUUGUAUAAGGCUGGCUACCGGAAUUUGUUUUGGCUGAACGGUGGCUUAGACGCUGUUCAAGAAGGGGAUUUGGAGAAAGAAGGACCCCUACCAUUCAACUUUGGUGGCAUUGGCGGCGUAUCUGAAUUCAUUGGGUGGACCGACGUUCAAAGGUUGGAAGCAAAGAAACAGGGCUUAGGUUACCGUGUUGCAUUGUUUGGAAGACUGCUUGCAGUGGUCCUAGCAGCAGAUCUUGCAUUCGUGGGUGCUCAACAGCUUAGCCGUUUCUUCUUCGAAUUGCGGCAGUGACUUGAAGCUCAAAGCUCAUUUAUCCUUCCACAUGCUGAGUGAAAGAGGCGAGCUGAAUGCGUCGGCAUUGAUAGAUUCUUUCCUUAUUAUCCUAUUAGCCUCCGAUCCUUAGUUGAAGCCCCAACAGGAUCCGUUCGUGGCUUCUGAAGCAGUUUAACGGACUAGCACUCAAGCCGCUCACAGAAGUGUCUAUGAGGUUUUUGUAGCACGGCAGUAGGAACAAUUUUGAACUGUAACGCAGGAAGUGGAUGUUGUCGAAACCAGAAAUUCCAUAAUUGUGAACUGUUUUUGGUGUUAGCAAGCACUCAGCUAUCUCAAACCGUCACUGAUCUACUUUUUUCGA